AUUUGGGGGGUGUGGGGUGUUUAGAUUAGCCCAGUUCAAACGGGAUGUUUUUCUUCCAUACAAAAAGAUAAGCACGAGUUCCUGACGCUUUUGUAUAGUUUAUUUGAAGGAAUGAAGUUGAAAGUGACUAGUCAGUACAGUGAAAAAGAACAGGGAAAAUAUUUUCUAUACCAAAAUAAACAAAGCAUUGACACGCAGAGAAAGGAUGUUAUUUGAUAUAUAAUUUGACUUGCUAAAGCUAUAUAGCGAUAGAUAGAUUAGAUAGAUAGAUAGAUAGAGGGAUAGCUAUUCAGAUGAGAUGAGAUGAGGAUGAACCUGUGCAGUGAGAGGAUCGACCCACUCGCACCUGUUUACCGGAUUCCGGAUUUUCCAGGUUAAAAUGUAAGAUGGCGACAAACCGGAAAUGAAACAGGUGGACACUCUCAGCCGGGACACUUUACUUCGGUGAUUUUUGCAACUUUUUUUUCUGUUGCAAGUUUGAUGACAGUGGAGUUUAAUUUGUUUUCCGUGCCUGGAUAAAAGCCACCAGAGCAGCUGUGUGCAGUGUGCUGUGUUCCUCUUCACACGCUGUGGGCUUGUUGUUAUAACCUUUACUCGCCUGUACAGGAAUGAGAAACUCAGCAUAAACAAGCGGAGCGACUUUCUUCACCACACGCACCUCUUGUUCAUGUGGCUGUGACCUGGGGCAAUGGACGACCCCCCUGUGUGUGAGUCCAACGUGACGGUGGCUGUUCGGGUCCGACCGCUCAACAGGAGAGAGAAGGAACUAAAAACAAAAUGUGUGGUGGAGAUGGAGGGAAAUCAGACCGUGCUGCAUCCAGCAGGCAGCAACCUCGGAAAAGGGGACAGCAGGAGUCAGCCAAAGGUGUUUGCAUAUGAUUACUGCUUCUGGUCUAUGGAUGAAGCACAGUCUGACAAGUUUGCAGGUCAGGACACUGUGUUUCAAUGUUUGGGGGAGAAUCUGUUGGAUAACGCAUUCCAAGGCUACAACGCCUGCAUAUUCGCUUAUGGCCAAACAGGUUCAGGGAAGUCGUACACCAUGAUGGGUUCAGCUGAACAGCCCGGUCUCAUCCCUCGCCUCUGCAGCUCUCUGUUCGAGCGCACCGUCCGUGAGAAGAGAGAAGGAGAGAGCUUCACUGUCGAGGUCUCCUACAUGGAGAUCUACAAUGAGAAAGUCAGAGAUCUGCUCGAUCCCAAAGGGACUUCUCAGGUGUUGCGAGUGAGGGAGCACAAGGUUUUGGGCCCUUACGUUGAUGGUCUUUCCCGUCUGGCUGUGACCAGCUACAAGGACAUUGAUUCUCUGAUGUCAGAGGGGAACAAGUCACGCACGGUGGCCGCCACCAACAUGAACGAGGAGAGCAGCCGCUCACACGCCGUCUUCAACGUCAUCCUAACACACACGAUGCGAGACCUUCAGUCCGGGACGAGUGGAGAGAAGGUGAGCAAGUUGAGUCUGGUGGAUCUGGCUGGCAGCGAGCGAGCGGCUAAAACCGGAGCCUCAGGAGAGCGACUCAAAGAGGGCAGCAACAUCAACAAAUCUCUCACCACUCUGGGCCUGGUGAUCUCAGCGCUGGCCGAUCAGGGAGCUGGAAAAUGCCGGAAUAAAUUUGUGCCCUACAGAGACUCUGUACUUACAUGGCUACUAAAGGAUAGCCUGGGAGGAAACAGUCGCACAGCCAUGAUAGCAACUGUGAGUCCGGCCGCUGAUAACUACGAUGAGACACUGUCCACGCUACGCUACGCAGAUCGAGCCAAGAGCAUCGUUAACCACGCCGUGAUCAAUGAGGACCCCAAUGCCAGGAUCAUCCGCGAGCUCAGGGAAGAAGUGGAGAAACUCCGAGAGCAGCUCACCCAGGCUGAGUCAAUGAAAGCCCAGGAGCUGAAGGAGAGGCUGGAGGAGUCAGAGAAGUUGAUCCGAGAGAGGACAAUCACAUGGGAGGAGAAGCUCAGGAAGACUGAGGAGAUUGCACAGGAGCGGCAGAGGCAGCUGGAGAGUUUAGGAAUCUCUCUCCAGUGUUCAGGUAUCAGGAUGGUGGAGGAUAAGGCAUUUCUGGUGAACCUCAAUGCAGAUCCCGCCCUCAACGAGCUGCUCGUCUACUAUUUAAAGGAUCACACAUUGAUAGGCUCAGCCGACUCUCAGGACAUCCAGCUGUGCGGCAUGGCCAUUCAUCCACAGCACUGUGUGAUUGACAUCACACCUGACUCAGGGGUGAUAAUCACACCAAAGAGGAAUGCACGUACGUAUGUGAACGGCUCUCCAAUCUCGGCCCCAGCCCAGCUGCACCAUGGUGACCGCAUCCUCUGGGGAAACAACCACUUUUUCAGGAUCAGCUUGCCAAAGCCUCGUUCCCGUGCUGAAGUCGAAGAAGGAGGAAUGAAGAAGACUCUGAGUGUGGAGCAGCUGGAUGUGGAUCUGGACCGAAUUAGCCAGGGGUCGAGUGAGGCCAGCUUCAACUACGAAUACGCACAGACUGAGGUCAUGAUGAAGGGUCUGGGCAGUGACGACCCGAUGCAGUCUGUUCUUCAGGCUCUGGAGCGCAGGCACGAGGAGGAGAAGCGCUCGGCUCUGGAGCGUCAACGCCUUGUGUAUGAGGAGGAGCUGCAGCGGCUGCGCAGACGCCUGAGUCCUCAACAGAGAAGCAGCGAGGUUGGGAUUCCCUCCUCCUCAUCAAUGUCAUCGUCUCCAAAAUUACAGAGCCAUCAAUGGCAUGGCAACGAGGAGAGGGAGGCAGUUUUGGCCCGGAGUCUGCGGAAGCUCAGGGAGCAGAUAGUGAGAGUGAAUCUGAUGGUGCAGGAAGCUGCCUUCAUUGCAGAGGAGCUCAACAAGAAAACAGACUACAGUGUCACACUGCAGAUCCCUGCAGCCAACCUUAACGCCAACCGCAAGAGGGAUACAGUGUUGAGUGAGCCAGCAGUGGAGGUGAGACGGAAAGGGAAGGGGAAGCAGAUCUGGGCAUUGGAGAAGAUGGAGAACAGACUAGUGGACAUGAGAGAGCUCUACCAGGAGUGGAAGGACUUCGAUGAGGACAAUCCUCUCAUGCGCUCAUACUUCAAGCGAGCUGACCCAUUCUUUGACGAGCAGGAGAAUCACAGUCUGAUUGGAGUGGCUAACGUCUUCCUGUCCUGUCUCUUCUAUGAUGUUAAGCUGCAGUACGCCAUUCCCAUCAUUAACCAGAAAGGAGAGGUCUCGGGGCGUCUGCACGUAGAGGUGGAAAGAGUGUGUGGAACUUUGGAAACAGAGGCAGGACAAAAGGAGACUGAUACACAUGAACGCAAACUAGUCUGCAGGAUUAAGGUGUCUCAGGCCACUGGACUGCCGCAGAACCUCUCCAACUUUGUGUUUUGUCAGUAUCAUUUCUGGGGACAGGAGGAGCCGGUGUUCAUUGCUCCUGAGGUCAAUCUGUCCACACAAUCUACCCCAAACAGCAAAGAGCCGCACUGCAACGUGCUCUUCAACAGCUGUAAGGAUCUGGAAAUGACAGUAACUGAAGAUCUAAUGGACUUCCUGGCUGAAGGCGCUGUGGCUAUAGAGGUUUACGGGCACAAAGUAGCAAACCCGCGCCGAAACCUAGCACUCUGGGACCUGGGGGUGAUUCAGGACAAGACUCGCUCACUCAGAGAGAAGUGGAGUGAGGUGAUGAGGAGGCUGGAGCUCUGGGUGCAGGUAUUAGAGCUGAACGAGGGGGGAGAGUUUGUCCCUGUGGAGGUGACGCCUACUAAAGAGGUGCGCACGGGAGGAGUGUUUCAGCUCAGACAGGGUCAGUCACGGAGAAUUCAGGUGGAGGUACGCUCAGUGCCAAAUUCUGGCACCAUGCCCCUGAUGGCCGAGUGUGUGCUCAGCGUGCACGUGGGCAACGUAGAGGUGCAGCCGACCCCACAGGUGGGAGACAGCGAGCUCGACAGCUAUCAGGAGAGGGAUUUGGAGAGACUGAAGGCACAGUGGCUCGCCGCCCUCACUCAGAGACAAGAGAACCUGGACCAGCAGCUCCAGAAUCUCGUCAGUAAGCCAGAUAAAUCAGAGGAAGAUGUAGAGAGGGAGGCGCAGCUGUUGGAGUGUCGUCUGACUCUGACAGAGGAGCGGAACGCAGUGUUACUACCUCCUGCUGGCAGCGGUAUUCCUGGAGCUCCUGCUCACUGGGUUCCAGUACCGGGAAUGGAGACACAUAUCCCUGUCAUCUUCCUCAAUCUCACUGCUGAAGAUUUUCAUGAUGGUCUCUCGACUCCGCUGGCCGCAGGCGUGGAUGCUUUCCUGAACAGAGAGGAUGAGGACGAUUUCUUUGAGCUGCAGAUCGUAAAGCACCAUGACUCCAAAGUGAAAGCCGAGGCUUCAUGGGACUGCACAGUGCAUGAGUGUGUGGAGCUGAGUCGAGGUGGAGGGCCGGAGCAGUGUGUGCAUCUGAUCGUGCGGGUUGCUGUGCUCCUCAGCCACCCAGCACAGAUGCAGCUAAUUCUGCGUAAACGCAUCUGCGUCAACCUCACUGCACGACAGGGAUUUGCUAAAAGCUUACUGAAGAGGAUGUCUCAGCGGAGCAACAUUCCUGGCAGCGGAGUCACCUUUGAGAUCGUCUCAAACAUCCCAGGGGAUGCCCAGGGCCCGGAGGACAGAGAGAUGUUGGCCAGACUUGCCACCAGUGCAGGGAAAAAAGCAGAGGACAGCGAGGCAGCAAUAGAGAAAUACCUGCACACAGUUCUGGCUGUGGAGAACACCCUCACACUGGACCGCCUCCGACAGGAAGUGGCAGUGAAAGAGCAGCUUGCCAGCAAAGGGAAGAGUCAGAGACGCUGUCUCAGCUCACCCAAUGUCCACAGGCUGUCUGGGAGCAGGCAAGAUCUUUCAUUCAACCAUGAGUCCGGUGUGAACAAAGCUGCUUGGGAGAGACACCAGGAUAUUUCUGUGUCGCAUUCCUCACUCAAAAAUGCAUCAUCUCAUUCUGAACUGCCCCAAAACCCACAGCCAGGACUUUCAGGCAUGGCCACAUCUUAUUUGUCCCCAGUUAAAGCUCUAGUGCCUCCAGUGCCCAAGAUGCUCAAAUCCCUGUUCCCUAAAAGAGAGGAGAAGAAAGACAUGACCAUUCCUCCUGUCUCACAGCCACAGAAUGUUCCUCUCAUAGUAAUUCAGUGUGCAACUCCUCAAGAAGACCUCAGUGCUCCUAAGCUGGAAACUGUAAACUCCACACCAAUGCCACAAAAAAAUACAGCGUCAUCAGUACCUGAAGCUUCAUCUUUCACUGUGGCUGAUGUGCAUACUUCACCAGUUACACAAAUUACUGCAGCGUCAGACAUUGUCACAGAGAACACACCUGAUGCCCAGACCACAGUCACAAAAAGCCAGACACAGAUCCCACCUGAGUUUGUAGAGGUUUCACCUCUGGCUCAGUCUGAAAGCGAAGACCUGGCUCACAGCCCAGUUAGCGAUGAGUCUAGUGGCUACAUCUCCACCAGCAUCUCUACUGCGACUCUAUCAGACACUCUAAUAUCAAAUAUAGACGUGAAUUUAGUGCCCACUUCAGAGGCAGAAGUACAGGAAGCUCUCAAACCCUCACACAAAACGGAACCAGAGGAAGAUGUUGAUGAUAAAGACGUGCAAUUUGAACCAGGGAAAAUAGCUGAACAUCCAAGGACAGAAGAUAAAAGCCAAGAAAAUGCUACGACUCCUGAUGAAAAAUUCAGUCCACUUUCAGAAAAAUCUGCUCUUACAUCUUCCUCUCUCUCUGAGAACUUAGUUGAAAUGGAACCCUCUGUUGAACCAAAGGAACCUGUACCGCUCCCUGUAACCCAGCCAUAUAGUCAGCUUACUUCUGAGAAAUCUCCACCCUCAGCUUCUGAUCCUGACAUCCAUCCCAAAGCAGCACACUCCUCAUCCCAAACAAGGAUUUCAGACCCACUUCCUGUUCCCGAACCUUCACCAGCACUACCAGUCAAACAAGAACAAGCUCUUCAUACCCAGCCACCCACAUCAAACCCGUUCAGAAUCCAGAAGGUAAAGGCUUCUGGCCUGAAAUCAUUUAAAGCCAUCCUUCAGGAGGCGGACAAAGAGUUGGAUAAAGAAGGUGUGGAUCCUCUGGAGAAGCUGGAGAUCCUGUCUGACACAGAGGAAGGCCAUGAGGAAGCAGCUCUGCCAGACUGGCUGAAGGAGGAUGAAUACGUUACUGUAGGCAGCAACAAAAAUGGCACAGUGCGCUACAUCGGACCAACGGACUUCGCAGAAGGGAUCUGGGUCGGUGUGGAGCUCGAUGUGCCAGCAGGUAAGAACGAUGGUUCAAUUGGAGGUCGUCACUACUUCCACUGUAACCCAGGGUAUGGGGUGCUGGUGAGGCCAGACCGAGUGGCUCGAGCUUCAGGAACAGCUAAACGACGGAGACAGAAACGGAGCUCGCAGAUCCUGUCUGGGUCGAACCCAAACUUAGCAGCCCUGACCUCCAUGGCAAAAGGGGACAGUGUAGGAGCACGCCGAGGGGAGAACAGGAAGUCCUGGAACACAUGAAUGAAAUGCUCUGCGUCCAGGAUGACCUGACAAAUUAAAAAUUAGUGUCACUCUCGCUGACAAAGAGCUUAACAACCAGGUUAUCUUUGUGCUGGAACGCCUCAAGGACGACAACAACAAAAGCAUCAAUCUUAAUGAAAAACAAACAACUUCCUCUGUCCUGGAAGACUAACACAAAGCUAGUUCAUCUGUACCUUAAAAAACUCAAUGAAAAGAUGUGUUCAAUGAGCUUAAUGAAAAGCAACUCUUCAAAAAGCUUAGCAAAAGCUACAGUUCCUAUCUAUCUUUGGAGAGAGGAACAAAACAACAUCCUGUCAUGGAAGAACUUCAGUGCUGAAGGAAAUUUAUGAAAGCUAUAUUUCCUCUCUGCCCUGAAAGACCUUAAAAAAAAAAAGAGUACUUCAUCUCUAUCUUCUAAUAGGCUGUCGUAACAAAACUCUAUAGACUUCCUUUGAGCAUGAACAUUAGGAAUUCCUUUGCAUUUUCAAAGAGUUUAUUUAACAACAACAACAAAAAAAAAAGCGAAGAGCAACAUUUUCACCAUGGGCAAGAAUUACUUAGCAAAUUAUGACUCUUGCUCUCUACCCGGGAAGCAGAGCUUUUGUGCAUUAAGAGCUGAGCAAAAAUGGCUCUUCCCAUCUGUCUUCCUCCUGACUUCCAGUGUAAUGGCUACCAGUCAUGGACUUUGCACAAUCACCUUGUUCAAACACACUACACUGUUACAGUGUUACAGAUCAAACAUCAGCCUUCUGGCUCACUCCAAAUGACAGAUAGUUGUAGGAUAUUUUAUAAUCAGCUGUACUAAUCAGUAUUUAUGAUGAGUUUUAUCUAUGGUAAGUGCCUUAACGUCAUCUUAUUUACUUUUAGGAAAAUCUCAUGCCCAGAAACAUCAUAUGUGAUAUUUAAUUAGUCAGAAAGAAAGCACCUCAUCAUUCUGGAGGCUGGGUGAAAUAAAAUGGUAAAUAUGCAAGGGUGUACAUGUCUAAAAAGCAAAACGAAGGGUAGAGGUCUUCUAAGCUUUUGAAUGUGUGUAUAUAUGUGUUUUUUUUUAAAUGGUUAAAAAAGAUGUUAUAAGAUCGCUGGGUGUGAGAGGCUUCAUGUGAAUUAGUCUUGGGGGACAUGCUUUUAAAUAUCGUGGUGGUUUAUCGGAGUGUUUGAAGUAUUAAGUCACAUAAGAGCACACAAUAUGGUUUGUAUUACAGUGUAAACUGAUUGAACAAAAAUCUUUGAUUCUCGAAAACACUACUGAUGCUUUCAUACAAUUAAACACAGAAGCCUGCUUUCACAUUGCGUAUGUAGAUCUUCAUUUGUAGUCUGUGAUGUGUUGUUAAAACUGCAGAUGAUUGAUUUAAAAAUGAACUCGACAUCACCAUUUUAAUAAAGUUGGAAAGUGAAGAUGUAAUAUAAUUAAAUAUAAAAAUUCAA